GUACCUAGCCAGUACACAGUUCCAGCCGACGGCGGCGCGGAAGGCAUUUCCGUGCUUCGAUGAGCCACUCUUCAAGGCAAGGUUCAAGCUGACCUUGAUUCAUGAGACAGGCUUUAACUCGCUCUCGAAUGCGGCCAAGGUCGACAGAUAUGUCCGGUACUGGUUUGGGAAUCUGGUUACGGCAAAGUGGUGGGACGACCUUUGGCUGAAUGAAGGCUUUGCCUCAUUCGUAGCUCAGCUAGGCAUACAGAACAUCGAUCCUUCGAGCAGUAUGGAUGAGCGUCUAAUCAAGAGAGAGUUUCCUCGGGCAAUGGUCACAGACUCACUGACCACCUCUCACCCGAUUUUCGCCACGGUCAACAACCCGGAGCAAAUCGGUGAAAUCUUCGAUGCCAUUUCGUACUCAAAAGGCGCGGCGAUAGUUCGUAUGAUGAGCUAUUUCCUGGGCGACGACGUGUUUCGCGACGGACUGAAGGUAUUGAACCUGAGCAGCGAUGACCUGCCAUCGAAUUCGGGAUGGUUUAUAGGCAACAUAAAGCGUGAAGGCUACUACAGAGUUAAUUACGACAGCGCAAAUUGGGAGCGGCUGAUUAAGCAGCUUAACGAUGACCUAGAUGCAAUCCACCAUAUCAACCGAGCUACCCUGAUUGACGACGCCUACUGGUUAUCCCGCGCGGGCUACCUCGACCAGCAGACGGCGCUCCGCAUCUCAGAGUACAUGCACAAGGAGAAGGCCUACCUACCGUGGGAGCUGAUGUUGAAUACGUGGAAAGACUGGGGUGGGCUACUCGCCUGGUCUAGUGGCUAUGGCGAAUUCAAGAAAUAUAUUAGGAAUUUCCUAGAACAGCAGUACGACUUGUUGGGCUGGGACGAACGGGAAGGCGAGGCAGCAGCUAAAACAAAUAUGCGCUCGGAAGUUCUGAAGAUGGCGUGUCAGUUUGGUCACGGUGAAUGCACGUACCAGGCACAGCUCCUGUAUAGCGCCUGGAUGCGCACACCUCACUCUAAUAGGGUUCCGGCUAACUACAGGUCGUUUGUCUACUGCACGGCUAUACGCCAGCUAGGUGUUGUUGAAUGGGAGUUUGCGUGGUCACAAUUAGAGAAGACUAGCUCUGCUUCCGAGAAAACAAAGCUAAUUGAGGCGAUGGGAUGCAGCAAGGAGCCUUGGUUGCUGAAUAGAUACCUCAAUCUGGCGCUUGAAUCUCCCGAGAUUCGAGGUGGUAACGUAGCGAAGGUUAUUUCUGCUGUCAGUCAGACUGCCGAAGGAAGGUUCUAUGCGUGGAAGUUUGUCGUCGGGAAUUGGGCAGACAUUAGGAAAAAGUAUGGUGAAAAUCAAUUCAUCGACAGAAGAAUAAUAAAGGGAGUGACUAAAUAUUUCAGCACAGCAUGGGAACUGAAAGAGUUGGAAGCGUUCGUCAAGUCUCUUGGCAGGCUAGGAGGUGGCGACCUCAUGUGGCGGCAAGCAAUCGAGAAAACGCGCGCCAACGUUCGGUGGUUGGAGGCGAACGAAAAGAUUAUCGAAGAUUGGGUAACCGAAAAGAAUCAGUAUCGUCGAUAGUUAUGCUAUGAGGCGUUUACUAAACCGAGCGAUAUUGAUCUGCGACCGAUAGAUACUUUUGAAGUGAUUUUUGUAUUAAAAGGAAAGACGUUUUGAAUUAACAUGAAUGACAUUUUGAACAAAAACUAAUAAAAGACGUUUUUAAUUGAAAAUGGUGACGUUUAAAAUGUAGAAAUGUUUUAAUAUUGUUUACAAUCUCUGAGCGGCACAAAUUGCAAUUCAGAUUUGUUACCCGGUAUCCAACAAGAGCUAACUAUACAUAAACACCUACAUGUAUAUAUUUCCUCUUCCGCAUACUAUGUUUUUAAUGUUUCAUGUGGUUGCCGACGUAUUACACCUUAUCCGUAUGUAUGUCCGUGCUAUUCGUCACUCUCGUUCUUAGAGAACGUGUAAAUUGUUAAUGUUGACGGUAACUUUUCUUUGAUUGAAGUUGAUAAGAUGUCUGCGAUAUUCGCUGACUCUGCAAUUUUUUUGUAUGAAUCAUCAAAGUUCUUGGAGUCGAUCGUUUUUUUUCUAAUAUGUAUACGUAGUUGUUAUUUCUCGACAUAUCCCGUCGGCUAACCUAGUUGGGAAUUAUUCUAAUUAAGUAUUCCAUCGCAUUUACUAGAUCGUUUUUACGUUAACAUUGUUUUUAGUACGCGCAUGUAAAUAUGAUGUAUUAUAAAAAUCACAAAUUAAUUCAAACCGGGGUGCGAAAUCGCUCGUUGUUAGUUUGAGAGGAAUUGGAAUAAAUUAAAUUUGAGUUUGUGAUUAGUUGUUAGAUUGUCAGUAGACAUUGGGGGUCGAUUGAUUUCUUACGCUCAGUCGGUUCACGAAUGUGUUUACUGUGGAAACACGCAUUAAGCUUUUCCAGUUAUUCCACGGGAAUAAAACCUUGUUGACGCGAAUGGUUUAAAAUUUAGAUAAACAUCAUGCUGGCGCAAUGACGUUCAUCGUCCAUUGAUUAUGCUUAUUCUCGUGAUUUUCUACAUGUUACGAGCUAACAUAUUUGUGCUUCACGUGAAUAAAAAGCAAAUGACGCUGUAUGCCGUUCAAUAAAGUCGUAGUGAAACGUCA